CUUGCGGUGACCGGUGCUCGCUGCUAAGGACGGUCCCCAGAGGCUCCUGGCCCUGGUGUCGCCCUUCUGUCACACGAAGCCGGUGUCGGCGGCCCGGCGGGCAGCGCGCUCUAGCUCGGUCCCUACGCCGCCCUCCUGGUGGCCGAGGAGCGCGCUCUCGCUGAGCCCCUACGGGGCCCGCUUGGUGGUCGGGGAGCGCGAGUGACCUGCAGGCCCUGGGCCGGAGAGGGCAGCGGUGUCCUGCGGUCGUGCGCUCAGAGCGCCAAGGGGCACAACUUAGGAUGAGACUGUGCAGAGUGGGCUGCGCUGGCGGUUUCAUUUCCGGGUGUGAUGGCCCGGCGAUUAAGAGCGAGCCCAGACGUUGCCUUGAAGAUGAAUGCGAACGUUGUCAAGCUGUGUCCUUGAUUGUGGAGUCUGAUAAGACAUUCUUUUUAAUCUGGAGUCAGUGAUCUGUCAGGCUCCUGAUAAAAACGAAGAAAAGGGGGGGGGGAACAACAGGGCGUGGAUGGUCCUUAUACAAUUACUUCGUUUAAAGACUUAUGUCUCCAGUAGGAUGGGAUAUGAAUUGGCUCCCUCUGACCGCCAUUUCAGUGCUUGUAAGUGUGAGGUCAGCAACUGCAGCCUACAGAUUGAUAACUGUCGAACCCCUGGAAUUGUGGAGGCACUGCAGUGAAGAAAUAUGUAAUCAUGGAAUCUCCUUGCUAAUCGUCACCACCUGUUCCCUGUGAUAAGCCAGCCAGGACGUGGGCUGAGGAGAAGGAAAAGAGGCCACCAUGAAGCUGAAGCAGCGAGUUGUGCUGUUAGCAAUACUCCUCGUCAUUUUUAUCUUCACCAAAGUUUUCCUGAUAGACAAUUUAGAUACAUCAGCUGCCAACCGAGAGGACCAGAGGGCUUUUCACCGAAUGAUGACUGGCUUGCGGGUGGAGCUGGUGCCCAAGUUGGACCAUACCCUGCAGUCUCCUUGGGAGAUUGCAGCCCAGUGGGUGGUGCCCCGGGAAGUGUAUCCUGAAGAGACACCAGAGCUGGGAGCAAUCAUGCAUGCCAUGGCCACUAAGAAAAUCAUUAAAGCUGACGUGGGCUAUAAAGGGACACAGCUAAAAGCUUUACUGAUUCUUGAAGGAGGACAGAAAGUUGUCUUUAAGCCUAAGCGGUACAGCAGAGACUAUGUGGUAGAAGGGGAGCCAUACGCUGGUUAUGACAGACACAAUGCAGAGGUGGCGGCCUUCCAUUUGGACAGGAUUCUGGGUUUCCGCCGCGCUCCCUUGGUGGUGGGCAGAUAUGUUAAUCUGCGGACAGAAGUUAAGCCUGUUGCCACGGAGCAGCUGCUGAGCACCUUCCUAACUGUAGGGAACAAUACUUGUUUCUAUGGGAAGUGCUACUACUGCCGAGAAACAGAGCCAGCAUGUGCUGACGGUGACAUGAUGGAGGGCUCUGUCACACUUUGGCUUCCAGAUGUGUGGCCUCUGCAGAAACAUCGACAUCCCUGGGGCAGGACCUACCGAGAAGGCAAACUGGCCAGGUGGGAAUAUGAUGAGAGCUACUGCGAUGCUGUGAAGAAAACAUCCCCCUAUGACUCAGGCCCGCGUCUCCUGGACAUCAUUGACACGGCUGUCUUUGAUUACUUGAUUGGCAAUGCUGAUCGCCAUCACUACGAGAGCUUUCAAGAUGAUGAAGGCGCGAGCAUGCUUAUUCUUCUUGAUAAUGCCAAAAGCUUUGGAAACCCCUCGCUGGAUGAGAGAAGCAUUCUUGCCCCUCUCUAUCAGUGUUGCAUCAUUCGGGUUUCAACCUGGAAUAGACUGAAUUAUCUAAAGAAUGGAGUACUAAAGUCUGCCUUAAAAUCUGCCAUGGCCCAUGACCCCAUCUCCCCUGUGCUCUCCGAUCCACACUUGGACACUGUGGACCAGCGGCUUCUGAAUGUCUUGGCCACCAUCAAGCAGUGUACUGACCAGUUUGGGACGGAUACUGUGCUGGUGGAAGACAGGAUGCCACUCUCCCACUUGUAAUUCUCAACGCAAAACAAGUGGAACUGAUUUUACAAAGAUAGAGAAACAGCACAAUCAAUUCCAAAUGGCAUGCGAUGGUCUGCAGGUGGCCACAGUGGGUGCUGGUGGCAGAAGACGGUGGCGGCCCUGGGAGUGCUCGGUGUUUUCUGCAGUGCAAGCUACGGACCACAGUUAGGCUGCCUCACCUCUCAGGCGGCCAGCAGCAGCUCUGCUCAGUCUUUAUUCCCACACCAAAGGGCGAGCAGGUGUGACAUUGGCUAAGGAAGUGUUUCCAGAGUGUGCGUCUCGGGUGACCCUUGCUGUCUUUUCUCUACACCCAUGGAUUCUCUGAAAAUACUUUGCAGUUCCUUGUGUCUUAAAAAAACACAAAAACAAAAACCAGAACUAGUCAGAUUGAAACCAUACUGUUCCUCCAGAGCGGCGUUAGACAGGAUAGCGGUCCGCACCGGGGGCCGUGUUUAAGGGAGAUUGGAGGAGGGGAAAGGCGGAAAGGUCUUGGGACUCUAAGCUAUUGGGUGGCAUGGAUUUGACAUCUCAGGGAAGAGAAGAGGGAGGGACUCACUCUUUAGAACCAGGAAGAUAAUUGACUUAGUGAAAGACAGCUUCCCCUCUGUUUAGGUUCUCAGAUAUGUCCAGAGCAAAUUAGUCAUCCCCCGGUUGUGUUCAUAUUAACCACAAUCAUCUCUAGAGGAAAGAGUAUUACAACCCAGGCAUGAUCCUCUAUGGACACUAACUUACCCCAUGUCCACCUUUGCCCAAAAACACUGAAACUGUGCUCUCUGCCACCUGCCCCCCACGCUUUUUCUUUUUCUCUCUUUGGCAUUGUUCAUUUUGAGGUAGACCAUAGACUCUAGCCCAGGCUGAUCUGGAGCUUACUGUAUAGCCCAGGCUUUGAACUGGCCUUAGCCUUCCACAUGCUAGGAUUAUAGGUAUGAACCAACAUGCCCAGCUCUCUCUUCUCUCGUGAAGUCAUACCCUGUGAGUAACUGGCCUGUAAUGGCGCUCUUCCUAGGACAGUGGUGACCUUGUCUGUGCCGGUGACUGCACCCUGCAGGUAACAGUGAAAGCUUUUAAGCCUCUGAGCCUCGAGACUGGGGAGAUUGAGUUUAUACCCCCUAGUCUCUCACAUUCAAAUCUAGUAGCCUGUAACCACUUUUAAAUGGCUUGAAAUUAGGAAACUUGUACAUUUAAUGUACACUUUGCGGUAGAUUAAGGAAUAUACUGCAUAUUUCUUUUUUUAAACUCGGGAUAUUGAACUUCAGAAAACAAAUAUUAGCACAAAACACUAAAAUAGUGUUAACAAAAGGAGAUAUUGAGCCAGGCAGUGGUGACACGCACACCUUUAAUCCUGGCAUUUGGGAGGUAGAGGCAGUCAGAUCUCUGUGAGUUCAAGGCCAGCCUGGUCUACAGAGUAAGUUCUAGGACCAAACCCAAAAAAUAAAGCAAAAACAAAAGGAGGUAUUAAGUCCAGUUUCCAGGCUACUUGCUGUGUACAUCAAGAAAAUUCAGUUGAAUUCUGAGAUUAGCAUGGUUAUUAGCACUUUAUGCUGGGAGCCAGCAGAGUGGUGGACUUCCGUGCUGACUAAGCUGUGGCUCAGCAUUCCAUUGCACACUGGUGAAGUGAGUAGGGAUUGUUCCCAGGCAAGCAGCCGUACUCGUCAUGUUUUCUGCGGAAAAGAACAGGCAGGAAAGCUGCUCCGAGCAGUUAGAGAAAAGCCGCCUCACACUGUGUUUCACACUCGGGCAGUAAGUAUUGUAACGCCGGCCUCUUUUUGGGUCAUUUACUAGAUUAGGACUAUUACAUCCAAGGCACUGGGGGAUUCUGGUGGGCUCCAAAUUAGCUUUACUGAUUGAACAUCCACAGAGAUGGAGGCAUUUAAUACAAAACCAGGAACUCCGAAUCCAUUGCUCUUUCCUCCUUUGCUUUCACUUCUUAAGUAUAUGUGUUCUGAAGUUGAGAUGGGAGAGAUUUGAAUAUAGAAUUUUUAUUCUCAAACUGUUUAGUCAUCUAAGGCUUCAUUGUACUUCGGGGAGAGCUAUAAGUAACUCACCUUUAAAACAACAGGCUCUGAUUUGCUGAAGAGGUUUGGUAUUUUUUAAGGUAUGUCUCCCUGUUUGCACUCAGGGUUAAAGUGUCAGACUAAAUUUUUAGAAGAAAACAGAAAUUCAGGUGUGUGUUCAUUAUAGGUUAUUCAGCAAAGUGGACCCUGACAGUUUCUCGGUUUCCCCAGUGCUGAAGACAGCAUUGCCAUCCAAAGAAACUCACAUUUUCUUUAAAGCUAUCACACUUUGUCUUCUUAUCCCCUGCUUCCUGUUCCUUCAGCCUCCCUUCCCUUUCCUUCCUGGAUCUCUGAUUAUCUUGUGAUCAUAGCACCUGCUGUCGGCACACUCCCGUGAGUCCUGUGGUCAGGGUUUCAGGAUAGGAGGUGGAGGUUUGGGUUAACGUGGGAAAAUGUUCUUGCUUUGACACAAGGAAGUACUGAGUGGCUGCACCGAGAAAGGACUUGGCUAGUAAGGUUAGAAUGUGCAUCGCGCAUAGCCGAGCAGCCUGCUAGCAGGUGACACACUCCGUGGGGGAGGCUCUUCUCCCCUUCUUUCUCUAGUCUGGGUGGUGAACGGGCUGACACUGCUGUCACUGGUUCUUAGGACCUAAGGUGGUCCUCAUAAACUCCUGGGGGAAGCUGGGAGCAACUUCCUGGGAAGCUAAUUUAUUUGUCUAAAGGGUGGUGUGGGCAUCACCACCCUUGUUUGAUCUGCCUUGGAUUUCCUCUUGGAGCUUAUGUGCAGAUAGAGGUUGUACUUGGUAAGAUUUCUAAUGUGUUCUAUGGGUUUCAAUUCUGAAAAAAAAAUAAAA